AUGGUUUGGUAUAUUGUGCUGGUAGCGUCUCUACUCACUGUAGGACAACCCGGAAUAAUCUUUCCUGUGCAGAGGCAUACACCCUUGAAUCCAGAAUACUCUCCUAACUGCGCCCUGGUAGUUCGGACUUUCAAAAGAAAAUUACAUUUCACGGAUUAUAAUGGUCUACAGUAUAUAUCUAACUUUGUGCCUAACUUAAAGAUAGUUACAACACCAACAGAGACCUGCAUGACCUAUGACGACAUUAGCAGCGCUGUUCAAGAAGCUCUUAAAACUAAAGUUGCAUACCUCAAACAGAAUGAAACAGGUAUUCACGUUAUUCCAUACAUAAAAAUACUGGUGAAGUCACCAGAUUCAGCACCUUUGGAUUUAUAUGUGAUAGAACUGUUUAAAAGGCACUGGAAACCGUCGUCUUCAUACCCUAAAUGGAUUAUGGAAAGUAACACGGAGGAGAGAUAUAGUCUUUCCCAUGAUAUCAUUGCCUACGGCUUACCAAAGGUCGACACAUCGAAAACAGCUGUGAAAAGAAUCUGUCCUACUUUCUUGAAACCAGUCAAAUGCGAGCUGACCCGUUACCGCACAUUGACUGGUAUGUGUAAUAAUCUGGAAAACCCUUCUUGGGGCAGCGCACGAUCAGCAAUGCUGAGAUAUUUGACCCCUGUUUAUAGUGACGGUAUUUCCAGUCCAAGACGCUCCGUUGAUGGAUCAGAUCUGCCUUCUGCUCGUGUGGUGAGUUUUGUUAUGCACCAUGAUGUCAGCCAGCAUGACCAAGUGUUAUGUAAUAUUCUAGUAGCCUGGGGUCAGAUGAUUGAUCACGAUUUGACCUUCGCUUCCCAAACUCUGAACGACAGACGUUUAGACAUCGAAUGUUGCAAGUUUCCGCCUCCACACCAACAUCCUAACUGUAUGCCCAUCGCCAUCCCACCGAAUGAUCCUUUCUACAAGUUCUUCAACAGAAAGUGUAUGGACUUCGCUCGCAAUCUUCCCGGAUUAAAACCUGGAUGUACUCUUGGUCCUAGAUUCCAGACCAACCAAAUAUCUGCUUACAUUGAUGGAAACUUCAUCUAUGGUAGCCACCGAGAAGAAGCAGAGAGGAUACGAGAGUUUCACAAAGGUUUCCUGAAAACCGCUCCCCUCUACCGUGAACUUGGCUUAAAAGAUCUUCUGCCCAUGAAAAUAAUAGAUCCCGACGUUGGGUGCACUGCUAGACCAAGGAACGCUUAUUGCUUUGAUGCUGGUGAUGAAAGAGUAAAUGAGCAACUGGUAUUAUCUGUGAUGCACACUAUAUGGAUGAGGGAACACAACAGAAUUGCAGACGCUCUAGGACAGAUGAAUCCCCACUGGGACGACGAAAGGAUUUACCAGGAGACCCGUCACAUCAUUAUUGGCGAGCUACAACACAUCACUUACAAGGAGUUUCUUCCCACAAUUCUUGGAGUCGAAACUAUAAAAAAAUACGGUCUAGAACUCCUUUCUCACGGCUAUUAUGAUGGUUACAACCCCAAAAUCAACACAAAAGACAGUUUCACAAAGCAACAGCAGUCCAUUCGUUUGUCCACGCAGCUACGUCAACCUUAUGAUCUUUAUAAACCAGGUAUCAUUGAUACCUUUUUGAUGGGAUUAGUCAAUCAAGAAUCCAACAGAAUGGACCCUGAAGUUACUACAGAGGUAACUAACCACCUUUUCGAAAAACCCGGAGAUGGAUUUGGAAUGGAUCUCGCUGCUUUUAACAUGCAACGUUCUCGGGAACAUGGUAACCCAGGAUACAACUUCUACAGAGAAUACUGCGGGCUUCCAAAGGCCCGCGACUUUUAUGAUCUAAUAGGAGUUAUGCCUAAUACGACAGUCCAAAGAUAUGCCCAACUCUAUCGACAUGUGGACGACAUAGACUUGUGGAGUGCGGGUAUUUCUGAAUACCAUCUGCCCAAUGCCGUUGUAGGCCCAACUUUUGCCUGUCUCAUUGCAGAGCAGUUUAGUUACCUAAGGCAAGGAGAUCGCUUCUGGUACGAAAACGGUGGAUGGCCAUCCUCUUUCACUCCUGAACAACUUCAAGAAAUUCGAAAAGUUCAACUUUGCCGAGUCCUGUGUGAAAACGCCGACGACAUGAACACCAUCCAACUAAAUGCCAUGCUAAUUGCAGAUAGAAGAGGGUGA